AUGAAGGAAGUUGUCCAGAAAGAAGUAAUGAAGUUGUGGAAUGCAGGGAUAAUCUUCCCAAUAUCUGACAGCCCAUGGGCGAGCCCGGUUCAAGUUGUACCAAAGAAAGGAGGAAUGACGGUCAUCACCAAUGAGAAGAAUGAGUUUAUUCCUACUAGAACAGUGACUGGAUGGAGGAUGUGCAUAGACUAUAGAAGAUUGAAUGAUGCCACCAGAAAAGACCAUUUCCCUCUUCCAUUCAUUGAUCAGAUGUUGGAACGGCUGGCCGGUCAUGCCUACUAUUGCUUUUUGGAUGGAUAUUCUGGGUAUAAUCAAAUAGUGGUGGACCCCAAGGACCAAGAGAAGACUGCCUUUACAUACCCAUUUGGAGUCUUUGCAUACCGAAGGAUGCCCUUUGGGCUUUGCAACGCCCCUGCCACAUUUCAAAGGUCAUACUUGAUAGGAUCCAAAGUUGUGGUUUAUACUGACCAUGCUGCACUUAAGUAUUUGAUGUCAAAACAGGAUGCUAAACUGAGACUCAUCAGGUGGAUAUUGCUCUUACAAGAGUUUGACAUCGAGAUAAGAGAUAGGAAGGGCACAGAAAACUGGGUUGCUGAUCAUCUAUCAAGGCUACCACAUGAAACAAUUCAAAAAGCUUCUCAGCCCCUUAUGGUGGACACUUUGGCCCAGAAAAAACAGCUGCAAAAGUACUGCAAAGUGGCUUCUAUUGGCCAACUAUCUUCAAAGAUGCCAGAGAAUAUGUUCACCAAUGUAAUGAAUGUCAGAAAACAGGAGGGUUAA